CCCCAGAUGUGAAGCGGCGUGGCGGGGUCAUUUCCAGCCGACAAAGUGUGGCGACAACAUCGUACGUUGACAACGGCGUUUAAACUUUCACCGUGGAUCUACUCCAACUUUUUGCCUUCCUUCUCAUCAGUCGCAGACAAGACGACAUUCGGAUCUAUGAACAACCCAUGUGGACUUUAUGUGUAAGCACUUUAUGAACCAGAAGGAAUGCCUAUUUUCUUGGCGAAAGUAACUUUAUUGUUGUGCCUGAUUGGACUAACCGGAGGCCUGCGAUGCUCCAUGCCCACCGAGUCAUGUUCGAACCAGGGGAGGUGUGAGGUCACUCCAGAUGGCAUCGAACAGUGCAAGUGUCGGGACGGAUACGCCGGAAACAGGUGCCAGUUUCGCGACCCGUGCACCACCGGAGUUUGCUUGAACGGCGCCACGUGCAGCGUGGUGACCAAGGCCGACGCGGUGGACUUCAGCUGCGCCUGCAAGCCGGGCUUCACCGACCGCCGCUGCCAGACGCUCAUCGGCAACGCCUGCCUCGGCGCACCGUGCCGCAACGGGGGCACCUGCCAGCUGGACGGCCCGCAGGCGUUCAAGUGCCGCUGCCCGCCUGGAUGGUCAGGUAACCAGUGCCAACACCCCGACCCCUGCGCGUCCAACCCCUGCGCCAACGACGGCCGCUGCUCGGCCAUCGAGUCGCACUACAUCUGCACCUGCACGCCCUUCUUCUCGGGCAAGACCUGCAAGCAGGACGUCAACGAGUGCGACGCCAACCUGCCACCGUGCAGGAACGGCGGCACGUGCGUCAACGUGGUCGGCGGCUACCACUGCCGCUGCCCGGCCGAGUACGCCGGCGAGCACUGCGAGAAACGCUAUCUGCCCUGCAGCCCGUCGCCGUGCCAAAAUGGAGGCACCUGCGUCCAGAAGGGUGACACCAACUAUGAAUGCACCUGUGUGCCCGGCUUCACGGGGAAAAACUGCAACCAGAACAUUGACGACUGCCUGGGUCACGAGUGCCAGAACGGCGGCACCUGCGUCGACAGUCUCAACACCUACAACUGCCAGUGUCAGCCCGAGUUCACAGGUCAACUGUGCAUGGAGGACGUGGACGAGUGCCAGCUGAUGCCCAAAGCCUGCCAAAACGGCGGCACGUGCCACAACACCUACGGCGGCUUCCAGUGUGUGUGUGUCAAUGGCUGGGCGGGCGACGACUGCGGCGAGAACAUUGACGAUUGCGCCAGCGCCGCCUGCCACCAGGGCUCCACCUGCCACGACCGCGUGGCCUCUUUCGUCUGCGAGUGUCCCCACGGCCGCACAGGUCUGCUGUGCCAACUGGAUGACGCCUGCAUCAGCAACCCUUGUCAGAAGGGCUCCAACUGCGACACCAAUCCCGUCAACGGGAAUCACUUGUGUACCUGCCCUACGGGCUACCUGGGGGCAUCCUGUGAUCAAGACGUCGAUGAGUGCUCACUGGGUCCCAACCCAUGUGAGCACGCCGGCAAGUGCAUCAACACCAAGGGCUCGUUCCAGUGCAAGUGCCAGCGGGGCUACGUGGGACCGCGCUGUGAGUUGGACAUCAACGAGUGCUCGUCCAACCCGUGCAGGAACGAGGCCACCUGCCUGGACCAGAUCGGAGAGUUCCACUGCAUCUGCAUGCCAGGCUACGAGGGGGAGUUCUGCGAGAUCGAUACAGACGAGUGCGCCCACAGCCCCUGCGUGAACGGCGGCAAGUGUAUCGACAAGACCGACGCCUUCCACUGCCAGUGCCCCACAGGCUUCACCGGGCACCUUUGCCAGAUCGACAUCGACGAGUGUGCCAGCACACCGUGCAACAAUGGCGCCAAUUGUACAGACGGGCCCAACAAGUACACGUGCGAGUGCACAGAAGGCUACACUGGGCAGCACUGCGAGACGGACAUGGACGAGUGCCACCCAGACCCGUGCCACUACGGUUCCUGCGUGGACGGCCUGGCCUCCUUCAGCUGCCUUUGCCACCCAGGUUACACGGGGCGGCUGUGCGAGACCAACAUCAAUGAGUGUCUCAGCCAGCCGUGCAGGAACGGCGGCGUCUGCCAAGACCGGGAAAACGUGUACAUCUGCAACUGUCUUACGGGAACCGCCGGAAUCAACUGUGAAAUCAACAUUGAUGACUGCAAGAGCAACCCGUGUGACUAUGGGACCUGCAUUGACAAGAUCAACGGCUACGAGUGUGCUUGCAAGCCCGGAUACACUGGUGCCAUGUGUAACAUCAACAUCGACGAGUGCGCCCUCAACCCGUGCCACAACGGCGGCACGUGUAUCGACGGCAUCAACCGCUUCACAUGUGUGUGUCCCGAGGGCUACGACGAUGCCACCUGCUUCUCGCAGGUCAACGAGUGUCUCAGCAACCCCUGCGUCCACGGGCACUGCGAGGACAAGCUCAACGGCUACAAAUGCCUGUGCGACGCCGGCUGGAGCGGCAAAAACUGCGACAUCAACAACAACGAGUGCGAGUCCAAUCCGUGCAUGAACGGCGGCACGUGCAAGGAUAUGACCAGCGGCUACGUGUGCACCUGUCGCAUUGGCUUCACUGGCCCAAACUGUCAAACCAACAUCAACGAAUGUGCCUCCAACCCGUGCCUCAACCAGGGGACGUGCAUCGACGACGUGGCGGGCUACAAGUGCAACUGCGUCCUUCCUUACACGGGAGAAAACUGUGAAAGCGUAAUGGCCCCAUGUAGUGGCAAACCCUGCAAACACGGAGGAGUGUGUCAGGAGUCGGAAGACUAUCAGAGCUUCUCUUGCGUCUGCCCAGAAGGAUGGCAAGGGCAAACGUGUGAGGUGGACAUUAAGGAGUGCGUGAAGAAUCCCUGCCGCAACGGAGCCACGUGCCAGAACACCCUGGGAAGUUACCGCUGUGGUUGCAAGCCCGGCUUCACUGGACGCAAUUGUGAAACAGACAUUGACGACUGCAAGCCAAACCCAUGCAGCAAUGGGGGUCUGUGUCAGGACGUGGCCAACGGCUUCCUGUGCACAUGCCAGCCAGGCUUCCGGGGCCCAGCGUGCGACGAGGACAUCAACGAGUGCGAGAGUAACCCGUGCAAAAACGGCGCUAACUGCACCGACUGCGUCAACAGCUACACCUGCACUUGCCCGCCCGGCUUCAGCGGCAUCCACUGUGAAAACAACACGCCCGACUGCACAGAGAGCUCCUGUUUCAAUGGCGGCACGUGCGUGGAUGGCAUCAACGCGUUCACAUGCCUGUGCCCGUCCGGCUUCACCGGCAGCUACUGUCAGCACGACAUCAACGAGUGCGACUCCAGACCCUGCAUGCACGGCGGCACCUGCCAGGACAGCUACGGCACCUACAAGUGCGUGUGUCCGCACGGAUACACGGGACUCAAUUGUCAGAAUUUGGUGCACUGGUGCAGCUCAUCACCCUGUAAGAACGGGGGUACCUGCUGGCAAAGGGACACUGCCUACAGCUGCAAGUGCCAGACCGGCUGGGCGGGCGUGUACUGUGACAUACCGAGUGUCUCCUGCGAGGUAGCAGCCAAACAGAGAGGGGUGGACGUCGCCAACCUGUGCCGUAACUCAGGCCAGUGUCUGGACGCAGGAAACGUUCACCGCUGCCACUGUCAGGUGGGCUAUACAGGAAGCUACUGUGAGGAGCAAGUGGAUGAAUGCACGCCCAACCCCUGCCAAAAUGGAGCCACUUGUUUGGACUUUCUAGGAGGAUAUACUUGCAAGUGCUCGCCGGGCUUUGUGGGGACCAACUGUUCCGAUGAGAUCAAUGAGUGCUUCUCUCAGCCGUGCCAGCACGGGGGCACCUGCAUUGACCUGAUCAAUACCUACAAAUGCUCCUGUCCCAGGGGAACGCAAGGCAUCAACUGCGAGAUCAAUGUGGACGAUUGCAUGCCGCCGGCCGAACCGCUCACCAAAGAGCCCAAGUGUUUCAACCACGGCAGGUGCGUGGACGGCGUGGGAGGCUACCACUGCCUGUGCCCGCCUGGAUACGUGGGCGAACGCUGCGAAGGCGACGUCAACGAGUGCCUCUCCAACCCGUGUGAUCCGCGUGGCACGCACAGCUGCAUCCAGCUGGCCAACAACUACCGCUGCGAGUGUCGUACCGGAUUCACAGGUCAGCGGUGUGACGCCGUGUUUGAUGGUUGCAAAGGGAAACCAUGUCGCAACGGGGGGACCUGUGCUGUCGCCAGUAACACCCCGCACGGCUUCAUUUGCAAAUGUCCUCCAGGAUUCACUGGCUCCACAUGUGAAUAUAACGGCCACGCUUGCGGCAGCCUCCAAUGCCACAACGGCGGCACCUGCAUCUCGGGCCAAAAAAGUCCCAAGUGUCUGUGCACGGCGUCUUUCACGGGGCCCGAGUGCCAGUACCCCAGCGACAGCCCGUGCAAAUCCAAUCCCUGUUACAACUCGGGCACGUGCGAGGACACGGUCAAAGCGCCGUACUAUCGCUGCGUCUGCCCUGCCAACUUCAACGGCCUCUGGUGCCACAUCCUGGACUACAGCUCCCCGGGCGGGCCGGGCCACGACGUGGCGCCGCUGCCACCGUCGGCACCAGACGAGGCCUGCGAGAUCCCCCAGUGCGAGGAGCGCAAGCACAACCAGGUGUGUGACGUGCUGUGCAACAACCACGCAUGCGGCUGGGACAACGGCGACUGCUCGCUCAACUUCAACGACCCGUGGAAGAACUGCUCGGCCUCGCUGCAGUGUUGGCGCUACUUCAACGACGGCAAGUGCGACUCGCAGUGUGACAACGCCGGGUGCCUCUACGAUGGAUUUGACUGCCAGAAUCUGGAAGGGCAAUGCAACCCCCUGUACGACCAGUACUGCAAAGACCACUACGCGGACGGCCAUUGCGACCAGGGCUGCAACAACGCCGAGUGCGAAUGGGACGGCUUGGACUGCGCCCACAACAUGCCCGAGAAGCUUGCCCUGGGCCAGCUGGUUGUGGUGGUCCUCAUCGUACCCGAGCAGCUCCUCAACAACUCGUUCGGCUUCCUGCGAGAGCUCAGCCGUGUCCUGCGCACCAACGUGGUGUUUCGGAUGGACGCGCAGGGCGAGAGCAUGGUGUACCCCUAUUAUGGUAACGAGCAGGAGCUGAAGAAGUACAACGUCAAGCGCUCGGCGGACGCGUGGUCCGACGUGCCAGGCAAGGUGCUGAAUGUCGUCCGGAGGAGCGCCGACGGGCCUCGCUGGACAAAGCGGGAGUUGGAUCACCUGCAGAUAAAAGGCUCCAUCGUACACUUGGAAGUUGACAACCGUCAGUGCGUCCAGCAGUCCAGCGAGUGCUUCCCGAGCACCACCGACGCCGCCGCAUUCCUCGGGGCGUUGGCCUCCAGUGGAAAAUUGGACGUUCCUUACACCAUUGAAGCCGUUUAUAGCGGCGCCGAGCCACAGCCGCCGCAGGAACUCUACCCGCUCUACCUGGUGGUGGGUAGCCUGGCCAUGCUGGCCCUCGUCGGCGUGGGCAUGGUGGCCGCCCGCAAGCGCCGGCACGAGCACGGGCGCCUCUGGCUCCCCGAGGGCUUCAAGACCACCGAGCCCAGCAAGAAGAAGAGACGCGAGCCUGUCGGGGAGGAUUCAGUGGGAUUGAAGCCGCUGAAAAACACCUCGGACAUUUCGCUCAUGGAUGACGGCCAUAACGACUGGGGAGAAGAUGAGACCUCAGACGGCAAACGCUUCAGGUUUGACGAGCAUGCCGUCCGGGACGCGGGCGAGCGAGCGGACAACCGGCAGUGGACUCAGCAGCACCUGGAUGCGGCCGACCUGCGCGUCCCCUCUGUGGCACCCACACCCCCCCAGGGCGAGAUUGACAGCGACUGUAUGGACGUGAAUGUUCGGGGGCCAGAUGGAUUCACACCGCUAAUGAUCGCGUCGUGUAGCGGCGGUGGCCUGGAGACGGGCAAUAGCGAGGAGGAGGAGGACGCCUCGGCCAACGUCAUCAACGACUUCAUCUAUCAAGGCGCCAGCCUCCACAACCAGACGGACCGCACCGGCGAGACGGCGCUGCACCUGGCCGCCCGCUACGCCCGCUCUGACGCCGCCAAGCGGCUGCUGGAGGCCAGUGCCGAUGCCAACAUCCAGGACAACAUGGGCCGGACCCCACUGCAUGCCGCCGUGGCGGCCGACGCCCAGGGGGUCUUCCAGAUUCUCAUAAGAAACCGCGCCACCGACCUGGACGCCCGCAUGCACGACGGCACCACCCCGCUCAUCUUGGCUGCCAGGCUGGCGGUGGAGGGCAUGGUUGACGAGCUCAUCAACUGCCAUGCCGACGUCAACGCCAUUGAUGAUUUCGGCAAAUCAGCGUUACACUGGGCCGCUGCUGUGAAUAACGUGGCAGCUGCGAUCAUGCUGCUCAAGAGCGGCGCCAACAAGGACAUGCAGAACAACAAGGAGGAGACGCCGCUGUUCCUGGCAGCCCGGGAAGGGAGCUACGAGACAGCCAAAGUCCUGCUGGACCACUUUGCCAACCGAGAGAUAACGGACCACAUGGACCGACUUCCCCGAGACAUCGCCCAGGAGCGAAUGCACCAUGACAUCGUCCGUCUGAUGGACGAGUACAAUCUGGUGCGGAGUCCCCCCAUGCACGGAGGCGCCCUGGGUACCGCUUUGUCGCCUCCGCUCUGCUCGCCCAACGGAUACCUGGCCAGUAUGAAGCAGCCACCGCCUCAGGGCCAGGGCCUGGCCGGUGGCAAGAAGGCUCGCAAACCGGCCGCAAAGGUCUGCAAGGACCCCAAAGAAAUUAAAGUGAAGAAGAAGAACUCCCAAGACGGGAAGCCGCCCGGUAGCUUGCUGGACAGCUCGGCCGUGCUGUCCCCGGUGGAUUCGCUGGAGUCGCCUCGAGGCUACGGCUCGGACGCCGCAUCUCCGCCCGUGAUGACGCCGGCAGCGCUCGGCCACCUCCAAACCAUGUCGGACCCGCACAUGGGCGUCGGCCACAUGGUCAUGCCCAGCAAGCAGGAGCUGGCACGGAUGCAGUUCGACCCGCUUCCCCCCCGCCUCACUCACAUGCCCGUGUCGGGGUCCGGCGGCCCAUGCGACUGGUUGUCCAGGAUGCAGUUUGGCGCCAUGAGGGCGGGCGGUCAGCACGGGAUGAUGACCGUUGCCCACAACGGGCACCCUCAGGUGAUGUCCUACACGGGCAUUCCUGGUAACCGCCUCAAUCCCAUCAUGCAGCAGAUGCAGAAUCUCCAGCAACUUCAGAACCAGAACUUUAUCAAUGCCGACCUGAGCCCCCCGGAGCUCCAACAGGGCACCAUGCCCAUCCGCACCAUCCUUCCCCCGGAGGCCCAGAUAAUGUCCGCCACCCUGGGCGCGCAGUUCCUCACGCCACCCUCGCAGCACAGCUACUCAGGCCCCGUGGACGGUAACACCCCCAGCCAUCAGGUCCAGGUGCCGGACCACCCCUUUCUGACACCCUCGCCGGGCUCGCCGGACCAGUGGUCCAGUUCCUCGCCGCACUCCAACAUGUCGGACUGGUCAGAGGGCAUCUCCAGUCCUCCCACCAGCAUGCCGGCCCAGAUGGGACACCUCCCGGAGCAGUUCAAGUGAAAAAGGGACUGGUCGCUCUGUGUUUUAUUUUAUUGGGUUUUUUUUUUUCCACCUUUAUACAAUUAGGUUAAAAACUCAAUGAGAUUUACAAUCUCUUUUUCAAGAAUGACUUGGUAUGUUUUUGUAAAAAAAAAACAAAACAAAAAAAACAGAUGACUAAAGGGCAAUUUACAAUAUUUUGUAUGCUUUCAUACCAGUCUUUCCCAACGUUUUAUUGAGCCAAGGCAUGUCUUUGAUGUGAAAUUUUAGGAUAAACCUAAAAUGCAUCUGUGCCAUUCAUGUAAGAAUAAAAAAA